CUCUUUCAAUCAGCAUGACGCGGACAAACCACGGGGUUGAGGAUAGUGCAGGCUAUAUAAAGUCAGCUGACAUCAGCCAGCUCGCCAAACACCAGCUCGAACAGGCCUAUAAAACGUCAGAUAGCUGAUUGUGCCCACUUCCCAUUUUCGUGGAAUCGCAAGCCUGAACCAUCUCUAAAGGAUGGAAAUGGAUAGCCUCUCCACCGGCGCACCGACCACCUCCAUCCCUGUUACGCACCAGCACAAACGUUCCAUGGAUGGUGCCCAGUUUAUGGAUGCGCAGUGCGCCGGGUCCUCCAAAGUCUUGCUGGCAUACAAGAACGCCUCGCAGCACCUGAAUUCUUCGGGGAUUAAAGCGGGCUUGGGGAUACUUAAAGUGGCCACGUCUCAAUGGAAACAGGACAAGAAGACGCGCUCUGGAGCGGCUGUGAGGCAGCAGGGUAGCGCCAACAGCAGCCAUCCCUGCAAGAGGUCCCCACUGGAUCAGCUGGCAGCUCUGGUUCUCCACGGUCAAACCCGGCACCAACAGAUUGGCCAAGGGCACCGACCAGACCCCCUUCACUCCACUAAACCGCAGAACUGUAAACGCAUCGUGGUUCUUGGUGCGCCACGGGUUGGAAAGACCUCUAUCCUCAGAAGAUACCUUCGGGACGGGUUUGUGGAGGACUACAACCCCACGUCCGAGGAUUUCCUCAGAAAACUCUUUCGUAUCCGCGGAGAGACCUACCAAAUUGACAUCCUGGAUGCGUCCAGGGAGAGGGACUUCCCAGCCAAGCGGCGGCUGUCCAUCCUGACUGGCGACAUUUUCCUUCUAGUAUUCAGUCUAGAUGAUCGGAGCUCCUUUGAUGAGGUGUGCGCCCUGCGGACGGAGAUUCUCGCUGCUAAAUCCAAACUCACCAGAUCCUCUGUGCCAGAGCACUGCGCACAGCCGAGGGUUCCCCUGGUGGUCUGCGCAAACAAGGUGGACCUGCUGGAAUCUGAGCGAGCGAUAUCUAAGGCAGAGGUGCUCCAAGCCCUCGGUGAUGACUGUGCCUAUUUUGAAACGUCUGCAAAGGACAGCACCAACCUCGAAAAAGUCUUCGAGACUUUGGCAAAGCGAGGCGGGCUCCCCACUGAAACUGGCCCGUCGCAGCACCGCAAAGUUUCGCUCCGGUCGUACCAGGCGAUGCGUCCGGGACGCGUGGCCGGGAGGAGCGGUCAGGUACCGGGGAGAGAUGAUCCCUGCGGCACGCUGUACCCACUGGCCCGUAGGCCGAGUUUUAGCACGGAUCUCCGUCACGUUAUUGGGCCACAUACGGCAAGAAAACCCGGCAAAGGACUGGAGAAAUGUCAUAUUCAGUGAGACACAAACAGACUUUUGACAGAAAGCGUCACAGAGCGAAUAAAACAAUGCAUAAAGCACUGAUAUUAAUAACAAAGAUGUAAUGUAAUAGGUUGUUUAAUUACAUGAUUACUUGAGAAUAUGUUUUUGAAAUAAAUUUUUUGAAUAAAACAA